CGGCGUAGUGCGGCGAUGAACAGAAAAGAGCAGACCCACAUAUGCGCAGACCCGGAAGCAUAACGCUGUAAACAAGGCUGUGUUUUGCCUAAUGAAAGAUGGUGUACGUGUGCAACGGCCAGGUCCUGGACAGCAGGUCUCAGUCCCCCUGGAGCCUGUCCUUACUGAAUGAUCUCUUCUGGGGGGCAAUGGAGUUCUUCAGCCUCUUUUUUAGGACAAUACUUCACCCCAAUUUAUCAAGAGAUGGAAACGUGGCUUCGUCACGCUUCAGUGAUGACAGAGGUCCUCCAGGUCCCCCUGGUGGCAGAAGGCGGAUGGGACGAAUAACUCAUGGAGCAGGUCCCAACCCUCCACCAAUGGGUGGAGGAGGAUGAGGAAGGUGA